AUGGGGAACCAGUGCUGCGCAGGACGCGAUAACGCGUACAAGCGGAAGGCCCAGGAGAACGAAUACGGGAACCGCGGCUCCUUUCGGCACAUGCUGUCUUUCGGAGCAGUUGGCGACGACGUAGUACGCUUCGAUCGCGCCUAUGAUAACAACGACAUCGCAGAGUUUGUCAGGCUGUGCAGCUCCACAUGCGAGAUCGAGAAGUUGGAGGAGCGAAUGCACCCUUGGGCCGCCGACCCCGAGACGAUUGGCGCCCUAGCUGCGACCCAGCUGGCGAUUUUCUCCUCUCGAGAACAGGAGCCGCAUAUGAAGGACGAGAUUCGCGAGGCUGGCGGCAUUGAGGCGCUCGUCAAACUCUUGGCAUCCAAAGAGCUGGACCGGAAGCACGCAGCUGUUGUUGCUCUGUCCUUCCUCUCUGUUGACAACACGGAGAACUGCAUUGCCAUGUACAACGCCGGCGCUCUGCCGUAUCUAAUUCAGGGCAUGAAAGGCGACAUCGAGGGAAUGCGGGCUGCUUGUGCUCAGACCGCUCGCAAUAUUUAUGUCCUCGACAUCAAAUAUCGGCGCGAAUUCAUGAAGAACGGAGGAGUUACUCAGCUGGUCCGCUUCCUAGACAUUAACCCUGAAGCGACAAAUGUAUACACGCAGCUGGAGGCGAUCUACCAUUUGGAGGACUUGAUUGGAGAUGAGAACGAGGAGAUCCCGGAGUUUGUUCAGGCAGUCAAGGCAGCAGGUGCAAUUCCAAAAUUGAAGAAACUGCAAGACUGCAAAGACCAAGACGUUGCAGAUGCAGCGAAUCUCCUGCUGGUGCGGCUGUCGGAUUGA